ACAAUAUUUUAUACCGUAGACCCAAAUUUACCAAAACACAAACAAAAACCCGUCAAGAAGCCGGCAAUUUGGACUGUUUUGAGAAUCCACGAUAAAAUACCCGUCAACUGUCCAUCAUCGCCCUCCGUAGGCUGCUACUCAGUCGCCUUCCGACCUUCCUACCAUUUGUAUUUGUUUGUCAAAAAGAUCAUCACGUACGUUUUAUACUUUCUACCAAAUCACCAAACACAAAAAAUCAUGACAAAUUCCAAAUUCCAUGGUCACAGUUAUUCGUGAAGAUUACCACAAAAGAUGACACAGCUUUGUCGAAAAAUUGUUCACGUUAAUUUUAGGUGGUGCAUAGUCGACCGGGUUCCGGUUAUCCGGGAGUUUUUCAGAUUCAUCUGGGACAGGUUUCUUGUUUGUUCGAUAGGGAAGCCGGCGGUUAGGUACCAGAGAUUGCCCCUCGGAGCUUUCUCGCCGCCACCGGAAGUUUUGGAGGGUGCUUUGGUGGUGGACAACCCCACAAGUAGUAGCCUUAACGUCUAUGAGACGGAUGCGGAUUUGGUGAGCUUGAAGAUCAGUUUGCUGGGUGAUUGCCAGAUUGGAAAGACAAGUUUUAUGAGCAAAUAUGUUGGGCAUGAGCAAGAACAUAGCUAUCUGCAGAUGGCAGGAGUAAAUUUAAUGGAUAAAACAUUGAUUGUUCAAGGCGCUCGGAUUUCGUUUAGCAUGUGGGAUGUGGGAGGCAACCAGAGUUCGUUAGAUCAUGUUCCAAUCGCCUGUAAAGAUGCAGUAGCAAUUUUGUUCAUGUUUGAUCUUACUAGUAGGCGCACGCUAAACAGUGUUAUUGGAUGGUACAGUCAAGCAAGAAAAUGGAACCAGACAGCAAUUCCCGUACUAAUUGGGACUAAAUUUGAUGAUUUUGUGAGACUUCCCCCAGACCUGCAAUGGACAAUUGUAACCCAGGCCAGGGCUUAUGCAAAGGCUAUAAAGGCGACCCUUUUCUUCUCAAGUGCAACCCACAACAUCAAUGUGAACAAGGUCUUCAAAUUUAUCUUGGCCAAGCUUUUUAACUUGCCUUGGAAAAUACAGAGAAAUUUGAAUAUUGGCGAGCCAAUCAUCGAUUAUUAAAUUUUCGAAAUGUAUUCUUUUACUUCACUCAUUUUGUGUACAUAUUUUUUAGGGGGAAAAAAAAGAUGCGGAAUGAUAACUAAUCAUUUUUCUCUUUUUACACAACUUGGUUUGAUUUUGUUUGUUGUUUUUGAUUUGAUUAAUUCACUAUGGUGGAUCAAAAUAGAAAGAGGUGUGUGAGAGGAGACAAAUUGGAUGUUGUUUUGGGUUUAGGGUGCACCCCUAUCUACCAUGUUAUUUGGUGAUUAGUCACAUAAUGAUAUUUGGUUUACCUUCCUCACUCAUUGUUUACCACGUGGAUUUUGUCUUCACGUAAAAAUGAGUGUUAAAUGUGUUUAAAAUUAUACUCUGUUUGCGGAUAAUCAAGCCUAGUGUGGCUGAGUUGAUUGUAAUUUUGGGAAUAAUUGACGUUUGUAUUCUUUUGUGCAGAA